AUGUGCGCCUUUGCUGCACUUCUGCAACCUUUAGUCCUUUUGGAAUCACUGAGGCACAUCAGCAUGAGUGAGUUUUGUGAUGAGUACAGCCCGAAUGAUGCAAGGAGAACAUCAAUCAUUCUUUAUGUGAGACUCCAAUUUUCGGAAAUAGAAGCUGAAAAACGAGGUCACAGUGAGGAAGAAGACCUGCUUUUAUUGAUUUAUUUUUCCCACAGGAGCAGCUCACAAGGGGUUUCAGGAGGGAGCUCCAUGAGUACUAAGACAAAUGUGGGGAAAGCUUUCUGCAUGUCCUUAAAAUUACAAUGUGCUGUUCUGUACUUAUCCCUGACCUCUCCCAUGGACUACAACCCAUCAGAAGUGAACAGAAUCAUCUUUCUCAGCUACCCGAGUCGACGGCACAGCUGUUCUUUGGUUAAAAUACCUACACCAUGCAUCACCAAAAUGAUUUCCCACAUCGAAGAUGUGGAAUCCAAAAUACAGGAGCAUUUGAAACAAUUUGAAACUUCUUUUGAAGAAUGGACUUCUGCCAUGAAAGAUGAACUGGAAGAUGUGGGUGUCUCCACUCCAGAGAAAGAAGGCCGCUCAGAAAAAGCACGGGGUGAGAAGUGUCCAGAGUUGAAGAAGAAAUUGGAGACAUUGCUGGCAGAGGCCAUCUACCUUGUUAAAAGUCUGGAAACUGACAGGGCUGAAGCGGAACAAGCAUUACUACAACAAAAAUCAAGAAAGAGAAGGAUUAGCACGAAAAUUGACUCUUGGUCCCUUUGGAAACUUCAGGAACUCCCCAUAGCUGUGCAGAAAGAACAUGAGAGCUAUUCCAAAGAUAUUUCAGAGCUGAACAUCCAUCUGGAAGACACAUUUAAAACUUUGAGGCAUUUGGAGAAGGAGAAGGAAAAGCUGGAAAAAGCCAAUGCCAAGAUCCAGAAAGAUGUAGACUACAUGAGUCAGCAUGGCCCUCUGCUGGAGCUAAAGAGGAAGGUGGAGUUAGACAAUCUAAGAAAAUGUUAUAGUAAAAAGUUUGAGGUAAUGGAACUAUUUCGAACAGUUCAUGAAGAGUUUAAAGAUACUUUGGUAAAGUAUGAAACUGCAAAAGCAUAUCUUAAGGAUAUGAUAGAAGAAAAUGAAAGAGACAUCGCCCAUGAGCAAAAAACUGUGGAGGCCUAUCAGAAAGAGGUAAGUAUGCUCAGCAAUCUGCAGGAUCACUACUCAACUUCCAUCCUCAGUGCAAACAUAAACAUUGACGAGGAUGAAGAAGCAAUGAGUGAGAUGCUGAGAGAGACAUUUGCUUCAACAAAUGAAGUAGCAAAUAAAAUGAGAAAAGUGAAUGAAUUGAUGAAACUGUUUGAUUACUUUUGUUGGAAGCAAAAAAUUUUGGAACAGCAUUACUCAGAGAAACUUAAUUCUUUUUACUCCUCAAAAAAAAUAUGGGAUAUUGAGAUUUCAGACGUUUCGAAAGACUUCUCAGAUGUGACAAAAUUUUAUAUGAAACUCUCAGAAGAAAACAAGGAAUUACAAAACAAUGUUACGACCCUAACUCAGGAAAUCAGGAACAGUAUACGGAGAAAAACAGAGUGUGAGGGAGAAAUCGCAGCAUUAGUGCAAAUGAAGGCCCAAAAUCAUUCUUACAUCAAACAGCUCUACAAGAAGGCUUAUAAAAUUGGGUCUCUUUACCACGCAGCUAGGGACAAAACAGACGCUAUGGAAGAUCAAAUAUCAGAAGUGAGAAGAAAAUUCAAGGUUAGAGAGGAAUUCCUGAAGAAGCGUACACGAGCUGAAAUAAGUAAGGGGAUAGAGGUUCAGAAAAAACUGUUUUCCACUGAAGAAUUUCAGUUCAACGAGGUGCAGGAGUUUUUGAGAAGGAAAGCACUGUAUAUGUUGGCUUUGUCAGAAGUAGAACUUCCGCUGCGAGAUAUAGAAACAGAACUUGUGAGGCUCAAAGACGUCCACCGACAUCACUCCGAUGCACUUGAGCAGAUAUAUGAGAGGAGACUCACCGUUAAACUGAGAGUAGAGGCAACAAAGAAGAAAUUAUUAAAAAAAAGGAGACAUAGCCGUAAGGAACUCACUAAAACUGAGGGGAGAGCUUCAAUAAUGCAUCAAAAACUAGAGUCAAAUAAAACCAAAACAAUUGUCUUCAAUACAAAAUGCAAGGAACUGGAGAAGCAGAUAAACCUUAUGGAAGUGGAAAAAAAUCAUUUUGAAGAUAAACUUGAAAAGUUGAAGGAUGAGUUCAUAAAGCUGAGAUUUGACAGGGAGCACGUGCAGGCUGUGCAAAACGUUCUCCUGGAGGAGAAGGAGAUGUGUCAAGCAAGAGUCUUUGAGGAGAACAAGAAGUUCCAGAAGAUUGUUGAAAUGAGGCAGAACACGCUGACCACCAUCUGGAAACUCCAAGAAGAAUCCCUGGAAGAAAACUUGCGCUUGGCCUCCGAGUAUCAAGCCUUGCAGAUGAUGGUCUUACAGGAAAAAGACAUUUACCUCAACGGAUACGACAGACUGCUCUCACUCAAUGAUUCAGUUUGUGUGAAGAAAAAGAGCUGUCUGCUGCACAAGAAGAAGGACAAGGACUGGGAAACGUACCUCCAAAUGUUGAUCCUGUAUUACAAGAGGAAGGUGGCCAACAUCCAGUAUAACUCCCAGGACAGCAUUCAGAAAAUAUUAACUGUGCAGCCUCCGAACCUUGUGAAUGUCAUUCUGCUGUGCAUGUAUGUGUGUGGAGGGGCAUUCCCUUCUAUACAGUGUGUCUUCUUCUGUCAUUCUUUGACGCAUCUAAAGACCGCAGUACAAGGUUACCAUAUGUUCUGUUGUUCUCUAAAAGCCAGCAACAGGAGCAAAGUACAGGAAAGAUUAGCAGGCAGCUCUGGACCCAAUAGGAAUGUAUUCCCUAUCAAGCUCUUAGUCAACCAUCAGACACAUUUUGGUGUAAAAGAAAAGAUGUUGAAUAUUCUUAGUGGGUGUGAACAUUCUGAGACUCGACAGAGGGCACCUGCUCUUCCUACAGGGUCACAAUGGCUUCUGCAAACACAUCCUUUAGGAUACCAGCACCCCUUCACCCACCAGCGGGCAGCUUUCUCAGGGUGA